AUGCCAUCAGGAUUGCAUGCCAUCAGGAUUGCGUGCCAUCAGGAUUGCAUGCCAUCAGGAUUGCAUGCCCUCAGGAUUGCACGCCAUCAGGAUUGCACGCCAUCAGGAUUGCAUGCCGUCAGGAUUGUACGCCAUCAGGAUUGCAUGCCAUCAGGAUUGCAUGCCAUCAGGAUUGCAUGCCAUCAGGAUUGCAUGCCAUCAGGAUUGCAUGCCAUCAGGAUUGCAUGCCGACUGCAUGCCAUCAGGAUUGCAUGCCAUCAGGACUGGAUGCCAUCAGGAUUGCAUGCCAUCAGGAUGGCAUGCCAUCAGGACUGCAUGCCAUCAGGAUUGCAUGCUAUCAGGAUUGCAUGCCAUCAGGAUUGCAUGCCAUCAGGAUUGCAUGCCAUCAGGAUUGCGUGCCAUCAGGAUUGCAUGCCAUCAGGAUUGCAUGCCCUCAGGAUUGCACGCCAUCAGGAUUGCACGCCAUCAGGAUUGCAUGCCGUCAGGAUUGUACGCCAUCAGGAUUGCAUGCCAUCAGGAUUGCAUGCCAUCAGGAUUGCAUGCCAUCAGGAUUGCAUGCCAUCAGGAUUGCAUUAGGCUUGAGCAACGGGUCGGGUCGGGUCGGGUAACCCGACCCGAACCCGACUUUUUGACGGGUCGGGUCGACAUUUGCGGAAGGUUGACCCGACCCUCGGGUACCCGACCCGACCCGACCCGACCCGACCGAUAAAACCCGACCCGUCGGGUCGGCUUAUUACCCGUCCCUGCCCCUAUGCCAACCCGACCCGACCCGACCCGAAAUCGGGUUAGGUAGAACCCGACCUAUUGAACACGGGUCGGGUUGACAUUUCCUGAACUCCGACCCGACUUGACCCGACCCGACCCGACCCGAACCCGACAUCGGGAUUGCAUGCCAUCAGGAUUGCAUGCCAUCAGGAUUGCAUGCCAUCAGGAUUGCAUGCCAUCAGGAUUGCAUGCCGAUGGCAUGCCAUCAGGAUGGCAUGCCAUCAGGACUGCAUGCCAUCAGGAUUGCGUGCCAUCAGGAUGGCAUGCCAUCAGGACUGCAUGCCAUCAGGAUUGCAUGCUAUCAGGAUUGCAUGCCAUCAGGAUUGCAUGCCAUCAGGAUUGCACGCCGAUUGCAUGCCAUCAGGAUUGCAUGCCCUCAGGAUUGCACGCCAUCAGGAUUGCACGCCAUCAGGAUUGCAUGCCGUCAGGAUUGAUUGCAUGCCAUCAGGAUUGCAUGCCAUCAGGGUUGCAUGCCAUCAGGAUUGCACGCCAUCAGGAUUGCAUGCCGUCAGGAUUGCAUGCCAUCAGGAUGGCAUGCCAUCAGGACUUCAUGCCAUCAGGAUUGCAUGCCAUCAGGAUUGCAUGCCCUCAGGAUUGCAUGCCAUCAGGAUUGCAUGCCAUCAGGAUUGCAUGCCAUCAGGAUUGCAUGCCAUCAGGAUUGCAUGCCAUCAGGGUUGCAUGCCAUCAGGAUUGCACGCCAUCAGGAUUGCAUGCCGUCAGGAUUGCAUGCCAUCAGGAUGGCAUGCCAUCAGGACUUCAUGCCAUCAGGAUUGCAUGCCAUCAGGAUUGCAUGCCCUCAGGAU